AUGCCUCAACACACCGGCGCGCAAAAGAACGCCCGUUGGGUGAUGACCUACGGGGAUCGCAACCAGCACAAGAAUCUGAAGGCAACGUCGUCUCGCAUUCCCAGCGCAGCGGAGCAGGAAAAUCUAAAGAUAACUCCACAGGUUCUGCACAAUACCUGGUCGCAGGUUAUUAAGUGGGAGGAAAAAGGCGAAAAGCAGCAGGGAAGAAUCGCCGACUCGGCAGCUGCCACCUCUGGGGCAACCGCAAGUAAACCCGCGAAUAAAUCCUUCAGCGCAGUAGAGGUGCUUUGCGGCCGCAGCGCCGUGGGUAGCAAGUGGGGCUGGGUGGACGGGCAGCGCGUAUUUCUGGGAGGGAAGUUCUGAUUGAAUCAAGGUUCUUGUAGUGCCGUGUAAACUUGAACUUAUUGUAGAAUUUAAUCGACGAUAAACUGCUGCGACGAGAAAGUAAGUGAAGCUUCCCGCUUGUUUGCAGGAUUUUUUUUCAAAUUGAAAGAUCGCGAGCGAGGUGGUAAAAAUAGCUACCGAGAAGUAGGC